AGAACACGGCGUCAUUAUUCGCGAUCUCUGAUUUUCACGAAUUGCUUUACGGAUACAGAAAUAUUCAGCUUACUGAUAUUUCGGUAUCUACAAUGGCGCAAAAUGCCAUAGGACAGCUAUUUCGCGCCAGGUGUCUACGGCAGACCUUGACGCCUUUGGCACAGACAAGAAAUCAAUCUACCAAAGCCGUACCCUCAUUCGGCCCGUCAUCUUCCCCAGAUCUCGAGAAGCGAUUGAGCCACAUACGAUCAGAACUAUUCGCACCAAUGUAUCUGGCCAAGCCUCAGCAACGCCUAACCUUUCGAAAGCGAUACCACGAUCGAAUCAGCAAUGAGAAUAUAGUAGUAACGAUAGGCUCCGAAGAAUUCGUCCUCCAACCCCGGACGCACCAAGACCUACCAUCGAAACACAAAAUCCUAGAAGUCGUGGAAGCCAUGAAAACGCCGCAAGACUGGCAAAACUUCACGCCGCUAUUGAUCGGAUGUCGACACUCAAGGUACCUCUUUGGCCCACACAACUUCCAGAAGUUUGCGCGAUUAGCUGGAAACUGUAAUGCGCUAGGCGCGGUUAUCGAGAGUGCGAAACAAUGGGAGCGCACGGGGUUUACAUUGGAUGAUCGGCUGGUCGGAUACCAGCUUGCUCUGGCUCUACACAAUCGCGCUGCGGAUGCAGGGUUCAAGGGUGAGGAGGUGGCGAUAGCGCUCAGGCAGGCUGAGCAGCUGGCCUCACUGAUGGACGCGCCGGAGCAUAGGCCUAGAUACUCCGGUCAUGGUACAACGUAUCAGCCGUUCUUUAUCGGCGUUCUUCUGGAAUUGAGUGCUGCACGUGCGCUCGAGCAGGGUGGGGGUAUUAAUGGGGAUAUUGUGUCGUAUGCUCGCAAAUUGCUGACGAAUUGGCAUCUUAUUGGGUUUGAUAGGGAGCUUUCCUCGUGGCACCUAACGGACAAGUUUUUGGGGGAACUUGCUAUAAUUCACUCGGGUCUGAAAUUGGCGCAGCAAGUGGACAGUAUUUCUGGCGAUGUGACACUCAAGCAGGCGAUCCAGGCGCGUUUAGAGGAGCUUGAGAAAGUGAUUGCGGACCUAGUAAACAAUGCACAUAGUGAAAGGCAGGAGAAUCCAUCAAGAGGUUUGAAACUCGCUGCAGCUCUGCUUGGUAAGUAAUCUACUAGCAUUACAUUCGAGAACUUUUCCUUUUUCGACCCUCAAAAUGUAUCAUAACUCUGAAGUGGAUUGUCUGAAGUGGAAUUUGUACGUUAUUGGUCUACGAAAAAUACGGUUUCGUGUAGCAUAUCAAAUACCAUGAGAUCAACGCCAUAGUUUUAAUGUAGG